UUUUCAGUACUUUAACGACGGGUCACAUUGGACACAUGUAGCAGAAAAAAAGCAGACAUCGAGAAAGAAAUCAGAAAAGUAAAUUCGUAUUAAAACUAGUUGGAAAGUGCCGUGCUCGGUGGUUUUAUGGUUUUAUUUCGAUCACACUGCAAGCGUGCGCGGCCCGAACUUCCUAUGAAGACAAUCAGAGGCCAAUAAAUCGAAUCUAUACUCAUCUUAAAGCCAUGUCCGCCAAGACCGAGGCGGACAACACGACGGCCGCCAACUGCGGCGUCGGAGGCGGAGGAGUCGUCAGCGGCGCAUCCUCUGCCGGCGUCGCAUCCGCAAACGGAACAGCCACUCCGGCACGACGCCUACGCACCCGCAACUCGACAGGCAACGGAACAACUAGCGGAAGCGAGUCCGUUAAAAAGACUGGCGCUAGCGAUGAACCGUCUACCCCAGUCACCCCGUCAGGAGCAACAGGAUCUCAUGCCCAAGCUCCGCCAUCCACUUCCCCGGCGGUGGUAGAACGACCGAUGCCCAGCGUUCCAAUGAACCACGCCAGCAGCAGCGUGUCCGCUAGCAAGAAGUACCACAACAGCUGCCCUCAUCCCACUCCCACGCCUGCGCCUACCGGGCACAAAAAGACUGUGCACACGCAGCCGCACAGCAGCAACAAGUUUGACCAGGGAAAGAACGAAGAGUUCCACUUCGACACGCCGCCAGAGUGCCCCGUGUUCCGGCCCACAGUUGAGGAGUUCAAAAACCCACUGGCCUACAUCAGUAAAAUACGAUCCAUAGCUGAGAAAUGCGGUAUCGCAAAGAUCCUACCGCCGGCCACCUGGUCGCCACCAUUUGCAGUGGACGUGGAUAAGCUACGCUUCGUGCCACGCGUCCAACGACUCAAUGAACUGGAGGCCAAAACGCGCGUUAAACUUAACUUUCUCGACCAGAUCGCAAAAUUCUGGGAGCUACAGGGAUCCUCUCUUAAAAUCCCUAUGGUGGAGCGCAAGGCCCUGGACUUGUACACACUGCACCGAAUCGUGCAGGAGGAAGGAGGCAUGGAGCAAACCACAAAGGACAGAAAGUGGGCAAAGGUGGCCAACCGGAUGCAGUACCCCUCCAGCAAGAGCGUGGGCGCCACCCUAAAGGCGCACUAUGAACGCAUCCUGCACCCUUUUGAGGUAUACACCUCAGGAAAAGUUCUAGGACCCACACCAGCGUCAGCUGGAGCUAGUGGCACACCCGUGAAGCUAGAGGAUGGAGGCGGUACCGACUACAAGGCACACGAGAUACCCACACGGCAGCAAAUAGCGCCGCCCAACGAGACAAACACUCGCCGCUCCAAGCGUUUCGGAAACUCCAGUGCCAGCUGUGGUCUUAGCGGCGUCACACCCUCGGCAAAACCGUCUGCUGGAGUGUUCGUCAAGACCGAGUCCAAGGAGGAGUUCAAGAGGGAUUUGCUCAGCAGCUUCAAUGCCGUGAACAGUGGCGGUCAGCCAUUAGCCACAGGCGCCCCUGCCAUCACUCGCGGCUCCAGCCAAAAGAAAGGCGUUGAGCCUCCGGCUCUUAUUGUUGACCCGCUGAUGAAGUACAUUUGUCACAUCUGCAACCGCGGCGACGUCGAGGAGUCGAUGCUGCUCUGCGACGGCUGCGACGACAGCUACCAUACCUUCUGUCUGCUGCCGCCUCUGACUAGCAUACCCAAAGGCGAAUGGCUUUGCCCGCGCUGCGUUGUCGAGGAGGUAAGCAAACCGCAGGAGGCAUUUGGAUUUGAGCAGGCAGAGAGAGAAUAUACUCUGCAGCAGUUUGGGCAGAUGGCGGAUCAGUUCAAGCAGGAAUAUUUUCGAAAGCCGGUACACUUGGUGCCCACCGAGAUGGUGGAGCGCGAAUUUUGGCGCAUCGUAUCUUCUAUUGAUGAAGACGUUACCGUCGAGUAUGGGGCGGAUUUACACACAAUGGAUCACGGCUCCGGGUUUCCCACCAAGAGCUCUUUAUAUUUGCUACCUGGCGACCAGGAGUAUGCGGAAUCAAGCUGGAACCUCAACAAUUUGCCAUUGCUGGAGGAUUCCAUUCUGGGCCACAUCAACGCCGACAUAAGCGGAAUGAACGCACCGUGGAUGUACGUGGGCAUGUGCUUUGCCGCCUUCUGCUGGCACAAUGAAGACCACUGGAGCUAUUCGAUCAACUAUCUUCACUGGGGAGAACCAAAAACCUGGUAUGGUGUUCCGGGGUCCUGUGCAGAGCAGUUUGAAGAGACCAUGAAGCAGGCAGCCCCUGAACUAUUUUCAUCGCAGCCCGAUCUGCUUCACCAGUUGGUGACUAUUAUGAACCCCAACAUCCUGAUGAACAACCGCGUGCCGGUGUUCCGCACUGAUCAGCACGCCGGCGAGUUUGUAAUUACCUUCCCUCGGGCAUAUCACGCAGGCUUUAACCAGGGGUAUAACUUUGCCGAAGCCGUCAACUUUGCACCCGCAGAUUGGCUGAAGAUGGGGCGAGAGUGUGUUAACCACUAUUCUAUGCUUCGGCGCUUUUGCGUGUUCUCGCACGACGAGCUCGUUUGCAAGAUGGCCCUGGAGCCAGCCAAGCUUACUUUUGGGAUCGCUACAGCCUGUUACAUCGACAUGGCCGAGAUGGUGGAUACGGAAAAGAAACUGCGAAAAUCACUUUUGGAGUGGGGCGUAACGCGCGCCGAACGACGCGCCUUUGAGCUAGUUAGCGACGACGAGCGCCAUUGCCAGGAGUGCAAUACUACAUGCUUCCUUUCGGCGGUAGCCUGUGAGUGCAAUGACAAGCUUAUUGUUUGUCUCCGCCACUAUACAGUGCUUUGUGGCUGUGCUCCUGAGAAACACACCUUAAUAUAUCGCUACACAUUGGACGAGAUGCCGCUAAUGCUGCAGAAACUAAAGGUCAAGGCGCACAGUUUUGAGCGCUGGCUUUCGCGUUGUCGUGACAUCGUCGAUGCACAUACGCCCACCUCGGUAACCCUACAGGAGCUGCAAGAUUUGUGCAAGGAGGCAGAGACUAAGAAGUUUCCCUCAUCGCUGCUAAUUGAUCGCCUCAACGCGGCUGCCGUCGAGGCGGAGAAAUGUGUCACAGUAAUACAGCAGCUGGGUAUCAAUAAGGUACGAACUCGAUCGGACCACAACCAAGAGGCGGCUCAGUACAAGCUUACAAUGGAGGAGCUUGAGUUGUUCGUACAGGAAAUCGAUAAUCUCUGCUGCAUCAUUGACGAAGGCGCAUCAGUGCGAGAGCUCCUUGUUUUGGGAAAACAGUUCGUGGACCGGUCCGAGAACCAGCUGCAGCUGACGCUGGAGGCCCUGGAGGAGAGUGAGCUAGAAACGUUGAUAAACGAAGGCAGCUCCUUGCGAAUCGAGUUGCAACAGCUCGACCUACUACAAAAGCGAAUGAAGCAGUGCAAAUGGUACAAGCGAUCGCAGGGAUUGAGGGAGACCAGUUCGAAACUGACCUAUCAAGACGUCAAAAACCUCCUGCACAUGGCGGCUGCGGACUUGGACCCCACGGAUCCGUACGUUGAAAGGGAAAUGCGAAAGUUACAGCAGAUUGGGGCAGAUAUCGAAGCCUGGGAGUCGCAGGCGGCCAAGUACUUCCGGCGACUGACCCAACAGCACGAACUCGGCGAAAUAGAAGAGUUUUUGAAAUCAGCCGGUGACAUAAACGGUCAGGUGCCCUCACACGGCCUGUUGAAAGAUGCACUUCGGAAGGCGCGUGAGUGGCUCCGUGCUGUCGAACAGUUGCAGCAGAACAACCAUGUAACAUAUUGCCACACACUCGAGGCGAUGAUUGAACGCGGCAUGAACAUACCCAUCCAGCUGGAGGAGCUGAGCCGAAUGCAGGGCCACCUAAAUAGCGCACACCAGUGGAAGGACAAUACGGCAUGUGCCUUUCUUAAGAAGGGCACCUUCUACACGCUUUUGGAGGUUCUCAUGCCCCGGUCGGAUGCCAUUAAUAUUGACUCGGAUCUCAAGCCGCGCUUCCAGGAUGACUUUCUGAAGGAGAAAAAUCCGGCGGAGAUUGUGGCAAGCUUCAAGCACGCGGAGGAACAGGAGCUGCUAGAUAUGCGCGAGCUUAGGCGGCAGAACAUGACCAAAAACCCGUUGCGCGACAUGUUCUGUUUGUGUAAGUCCGAGUUCAGGAACAUCAUGUUUAAUUGUCAGUUGUGCCGCGAUUGGUUUCACGAGGAUUGCGUUCCACCGUUCUCAGCUACGAAUCAAAAUGGAAUUCCAAACGGCGGAUCCGGAGCCGGAACUAAUCGCCCAAAGUGGCUUUGUCCCAGCUGUGUGCGGUCGAAGAGACCGCGUCUAGAGACCAUCCUUCCGCUGCUCGUUCAGCUACAGCAACUGCCUAUCCGUCUGCCCGAGGACGAAGCGUUGCGCUGCCUGGCGGAGCGUGCAAUGAAUUGGCAGGAUCGGGCCAGGAAGGCGCUAAGCAGUCCUGACGUGAGUGCGGCGCAGGAAGCGAUUCUGGCUCAACAGCAGCAAAAGCGGCGCACUGAGGGCGGCGGAAUUGGGGUAGGGAAUAUCAACAGUCCACGGAAGCCCCGUCGUCGGGGCAGUCUGGCGAAGGAAGCAAGUGGUUCCACGGAGUCUGAUGCCGACGACGAUGAUGACGAGGACGAAUGUCGGCUUCGGAUCGUCGAGGACAACUUUAGCAAUGAUGAGGAUGAGCCAAGUACCGCCGCCCCCGCAACCUGCAAUAUCAACUCCGAUCUCCUCAAGCUUCUGUCCGACAGUGAAAUUGAAAAUUUGCUUGAUCUAAUGAUGGAAGGCGACUUGCUCGAGGUUUCUCUAGAUGAGACGCUCGAGCUGUGGCGCAUCCUAGAAACGAUGCCGCCCACGUUGCUGCAGGCGGAGGCCAUGCAUCGAGUGGCCCAGCACCUGCAACGCCAGCGUCAGCAGCAACCAAAUCCUUUGCCCACAUCCGGCGCCGAAGACUCGAACGAUAGUCUGCUGGUACAAAAUAGUCCCAAUAGCAACAGCAAUAGUGGUGGGCCAACGGCGUCUGCGAGCAACAGCGGGCGCAACAAGAAGAGGCGUUCCAACGACGCCAGCGGCAACUCAGCUGUGCCGCGUAAAAAGCAGAACACGCCCAAGCAGACUCCGGGGAAGAAGGGAUCGGCGACAGCAGGACGCAAGAGCGAUGCCAAGGCAUCGCCAGCAGCGUCUACAACUCCGGGAGCGGAUGCCGAUGCUGAGAACAAGCAGGCCAACGGAGGAAAUAUAAACUCUAGUACAGGAGGUGGCAAUUCCACGGCUACCACACCCACACCAGGCUCGACGCACAAAAAGCGAAAGCGCACCUCCACCACAGCCACCAAUAACAACAACAACAACAACAGCACUAGCAAUAGCAAUAGCAACAGCAGCAACAAUAUCAACAGUAAUGCCACUAGCACCCAGGGAGCAGCCACUGGAGGUAUUAACUCAACUGUGGGGCAGAAGAAACACGCGCAGCGGUCUCAGCAGGCCGCACAGGAAGACGAUGAGGAGGAGUGCCGGGCGGAGAACUGUCAUAAGCCCACUGGACGGGAAGUGGAUUGGGUGCAAUGCGACGGCGGCUGCAACGAAUGGUUCCACAUGUAUUGCGUGGGCCUCAACCGCAGCCAGAUCAAGGCGGACGACGAUUAUAUCUGCAUCCGUUGCACCAAAACAGUUGCGAUUGGCACACCAGGAUCCGGUCAUAGUAUGAGCGCGGCUUCCACGACGACGCCGGGCAAGCAGAGGGCGGUGCAAUCUGCGCGGUAGAGCAAAAGAUAAUCCAAAAGAUAGUCCAAGAAGUGCCGGGUGAAUACAUUUUAGAUGUUGCAGUAACAGCCGACUUGUGUUUUACGCAAGAUGUACUACUAAACAAACGAUGAGGGCCGACUAACGGUAUUUACUAUGUUUAGUAAAGUCACUUGAAAGUUUUGUAGUACAUAUUUACCAAUUAUCGCUAUAUUUACGCAUGCGCAACGUAAAACAGAUUUGAAAAAGAUGAACUACAAAACAAAACAAAAAGGAUAUAAAAAUCAAGCAUAGGGAUUAUUGAUUAAGUAAAACAGAAAAAAACGCAAACAAACCAAUACAACUAUUUGUUUUUAUACAAUUCAGCCCAUUUAUUUCGUUCGUUAAACGUUCUUUUAUUUUUAUAAUAUAUUUUACCAUUAUCAUUACCUGCUAUUCUUAGUUUUUGUUAAUUUAAUUCACUUUUUGUGUUCGCCUUUUGAGUUUCGUAUAAUGCGCACGCAUAGUUUUCUUACAUAUUAUUUUAGGUGUCCCCUUACGGAAGGCAACUCUCGUUUUACUUUUGUACAUUUUUGUUUACUGAAGGUUGCGAGCUGAUAUCCCCAAACAUUAAGAAUCUUCCAUUAUUACGCGUGGCGCCUUGUAGAUUUACCUUUCCUUGUAUGUUCUUGUUUUUCCCCCAAUAAAAAAAAACUAAAGCAAAAAACUGUUAAUAAAACGAUCAUACAAAAAAAAAAAAAGUAUAAAUCUAAGUUUACAUUUAAAAUACAAUGAAAAAUGUAUAAUUUUUAAUUUAUAAUUAGUAAGUUCGCUGAAAUCAGCCAUUUGGAAGUAAAAACAUAUUUUAAAAAAAAACAAAAAAAAUUGCAAAAUAUCUUGAUAAUAUUAACGUACAACAAUAAACACAGUGCUUAGAAUUAUGCAAUUGAAAAAGCAGACAAAAAAACGGAAAA